AUGACGAAAUCGUUCUUCCCGGCUGGAAGGAAACAGAGUGCGACCUCUUUUCCCAAUGGCAAUGGGCUUUUACGUCCCCCGUCUUCAAGGACCAGUUUCAUUUUUCAUUUCAUCAAAGCACGAGGCUUCCAUUCAUCUCAAAAGAUCCACCGAUAG